AUGGCUACGCGUAGAGGACAAGUAGCACUGAAUUUAAAGGUAGACCUUUCGUCAGAGACUUGCACUGAUCACAACCAAUCUGUGGUGUUUUCUUGUAAAACGUGUGGCGGCGAUUUCAUAUGUAGUAAGUGCAUUUUACAAGCUCAUAAUGGUCACCACAUGGAAGAUUUGCAAGUAUACGUCAAUCUUCAAAAACAAGAAGUGUUGAGGCUUGUUAAUGACACUGAUGAACGGUUGGGACAGUUAGAUGUUGACAUUAAGGAUGUGGAAAAAAUGAUAAAGAUGAAUGAUUCAGAGUCUGACGUGACAGUGGCACAUAUAGAAGAACGAGGAAGAAUUUUGAAAUCUCAUAUAGAUGAUAUUAUUGAAGACGGAAAGAAAAAAACGAGAAAAUACCAAAGCGAAAAUGAACGGCAGUUAACAAAAAAUCUUGAAAAUCGGACAAAAACGAAAGACAAACUUAAAGAAAAAGCCGACGAAUGUAAAAAAUUAGCAAGCUCACGCAAGUAUACUGAUAUCAGAAAAUCUUUAGAUUUAGCGACAGAAUUGGAGAAAUGUCUUUUAGAAGAAAAUGAAGUGACUUCGAUUGGAAGUAGAACAUUUCAAUAUCCCUCUCCUUCGAAUGAUAUAAAAGCACUUCAACAUUUGUUUGGGAAACUUAAAAUCGACACAUAGAAAUGCCCAUCGGUCAAUUUGAAAUUGCGGUCAACGUUUGAUACUGUUGAGAAAGAUGCAGUGUACCGAUUGUGUCCAGUGAUGGAGGGAGAUGCGGCCUGGGUCGGUGGCGAUGAAUGCAAACUAUUUCUCCACACAUUUGAAGGAACGCUCCUCCAAACUGUUGAACUGGAAUGUGGUGUAUAUGACUUCUGCUACAUAACACUGAGUAAUGAUUUGACUUGUCCCGUGGUAGCAUGUGAGGACAACACUAUCAAGCAAGUAAACGUAUGCGGCGGUCAACAGACCGAAGUAGAACUAUUCCAAACUCCGUCAGAACCACAAAGCAUCGCUUUAACGGCUGACAAUGACAUUGUGGUUGUCUCCAAUGGACAGGAGAAACCGUUGAAGUUGGAUAUCCGCGGGAAUAGGAAAUCUUUCGUGUACGGAAAUGAAUCGGAAAUGCAGUUGAGGUCACCGAAUUCUGUUCGUGUGAAUGUCGACACGGGUGACCUGGCCUUUCUCGACAAUGACCCUGGGUGUCUGUAUGUAUGUGAUGAGAAGCUCAGUUUGAAGUUUAAGUAUAGCGGGCAACAAACCGAUGAAGAUUUCGACCCACAAGGCGUUACUUUUGAUAGGGACGAGAACAUAUUGAUUGCUGAUUGUGGAACAUGUAGCGUGAUCUUACUGGACAAAGAAGGACAUUUCAUUCAAACAUUGAUCACCAGUCAUAGUGAAAAAGUACCGCAGGCUGUGGGAAUGCUGCAGGAUAGUGCCACGCACAAGUUAUGGGUGGGCUACAAUAACGGCGAAGUGGAGACAUACACGUGGUAUCCAGCCCUCUUCAGAUGUUUCGACCCUAAACCACAACAUCCUCCGGCUGGUGGGUCAGCAGUGGUGGCCAAACCACUGUUCGUCUAUGCUUUCUCUGCAGCUUCUGACAAACGUUUGAUGACUGCACUUAGAGUUCUUCCUGUGAUCCCUAGUGUCUGCAGCAUCCUCCAUAAGAAUUGGGCCGGGAACCCUCUGCAGCCACCCUCCACUGGAAAUAGCCACACAGUGUAUCCCCUCUCUCUGCACUUCGCCAUCAGCUCAUCAUACUUUUUCUUCCUUUCACGGGCUUCCUCGCAACCUUCUUCCCGUGGCACUGUUAGCUCUAUUGCGAUCAAGUGUAUGGAUACACAUUCGGUGGUCAAUGUGAGACCAAAAAAGUAG